UGCGCGUUCGUUUAAUGCUCGUUGCGGUCGCUUAAACCGUUGAGAUUCCAGGGUGCUGCAAACGAUCUCCAGGAAUCUGCCAGACUCGCAGGCUUUGACUUCUGCUCGCUAAGAUUCCAAUCGAAGCGCUUGUAAUAUGCAAAACGCUGACAACGAGGCGAGCACAAGCAAAGCGACCAAAGCAGAGGAGCAGCAGCAGCAGGAGGAGCAGGAGCAGUCGCCAACAAAGAUCAAAACACGUUCCCGCUUCUCGGCCGCCUUUCGCAGUCUGUCCAAUAAAAAGCCGAGUAAGGAUUUAGCCAAGCAGCAGAAGCCACGCAGCGCGGAGCAGCUGGCGGAGGAUCUGAACAGCAGCGAGAGCGUUCCAAAGAGGCAAAGCCUAACACGCCGCCUGCUGCUGGGCAGCCUCAGGCCCAAGACCAAGGCGCGACCGCAUAGCGAUGAGCUCAGCCUGAGAAGCAGCAGCGGCAGCAGGGAGAGAGGAUUGGGCGGCAAUACGCUGCAGAUAACCAUCAGCGGCAAGAAAGUCGAGACGCUAACCAAAGGCAAAGCCAAGCCGAGCAAAAGCAAAAGCCAACGCACGAGCGCAGUCAGCGAAACGGAUUACCUGAACCCGACACCAGCCGAGACGGUAGCAGCAGCAGCAACUGGAGCAACUGCAGCAGCAGCAGCAGCAGCGAGUGUUAAAAGAACGACAACAACGUUGACCACAAAAGACACGACGAGUCGCACGACCAAGCUAAUUGUGGCCAAGGUGUCCGCUCAGCAGCAGCAGCUGAAAAAGAAGAGGCAGCAGCAGCUGAGAGAAGCAGCAGAAGCGCCGCAGACAGAGGAGAAAAUCGUUAUCACGGAGAGCACGCGAGACACGCCGCCGCGCGAACGAGCGCCCGCCAAGCCGAGCCGGGCGAGCGCCUCCAACAAUCAGUUAGCCAGCAGCAGCACGGCAGUGCGCAUCGCUAGCACCAGCAGCAAGAGCCAGAGCCAGAGCAGCCGCAAGGAGCGGGCAUUGAUGCAACAGCAGCAGCAGCGCGGACAUCGCCUGACAACGGCCAAGCACGCGCUCGAGACGCCAACCAGCCCACAACCCGAGCCCGAGCCCGAACCCGAACCCGAGUCGCCCACAACUCCGCCCCCUCCGUUGCCAGCGGGCUCACCGCCAAAGAUCAGUCUGAGCGACGUGGAGCAGCUGGCGGACGCUGUUUCGCUGGCGGAAAGCGCACAGACCACAUCCAACCAGGACACAGUCGCCGCCGCUCCCGUGGUGCGCUUUGCCGUUGGCAGCGCCGUACGUUCGCCCGUGGACGCCUAUGAGGCUGCCUUGGCCGCCGCCAGCACACAGCAGCCCAGCUCCAGCGAGGAGCCAAGCGAUUCGAGUCUGCGCCGGCUCAGCUUCAAGCAGCAGCAGCCACAAUUCGCGCUCAGCGAUCACGACAGCAUUGAGGGCAGGCGGGAAACGUUGCGCUAUCAGUCGGUGGCCAGUGAGUACUCCAACGAAGAGGACACCCAAUCAGAGGAGGAGCAGCAGCAGCAGUCCAAGCCCAUGCCGGCCUUUGGUGAUUUGACCAUGGAUCAGCAAAUGGAACCGACCAUCAUGUCGCCGAGCGGCGAGAAACGCGAACAUCUGUACAAGAUUCUAGUCAUCGGGGAGCUGGGCACCGGCAAGACGUCCUUCAUCAAGCGCUAUGUACAUCAGUUCUUUAGCCAGAACUAUCGCGCCACCAUUGGCGUGGACUUUGCCCUGAAGGUGCUCCACUGGGACGCCAAUACGAUAGUCCGCCUGCAGCUCUGGGACAUUGCCGGACAGGAGCGUUUCGGCAAUAUGACGCGUGUCUACUACAAGGAGGCCGUUGGCGCCUUCAUCGUGUUUGAUGUGACGCGCAGCGGCACCUUUGACUGUGUCAGCAAGUGGAAGGAGGAUCUGGACUCGAAGGUCCAGCUGCCAGACGGCAGUCCCAUACCCUGCAUACUGCUGGCCAACAAGUGCGACCAGGAGAAGCAGGGCAUUGUCACGCAGCCGGAGCGCAUGGACGAGUAUGUGCGGGAGAAUGGCUUCGCCGGCUGGUUCGAGACCUCCGCCAAGGAGAACAUCAACAUCGACGAAGCAGCGCGCGCCUUGGUGAACAAGAUACUCAUCAAUGACAAACUUAUAACUGCCGAUGCAAACGAUGCUGAGAAAUUCAAUUUGAGUGCGGCGGAUGCGAGCGCCGAUGCCAAGAACAAAUGCUCCUGCUGACCUGCUGCUCCUCCGAUCUGGCCAAGCAUUAUAGCCAUCAAUUUGGGCUUUACACACACACACACACACCCACACACACACACACUCACACCAAAGUCUGAGCGCGAACCAGUUCCAUGUGCCUGCUUGUGGAUAUAAAAGAUAACGUUAACUAUGCUAAGGUUCUUUUGUAAAGUGUGUCUAAGACUUAGACCCCAUCAUCUUAUCAUUGUCAUCAUUUUUCCAUCAUUUAAUCAUUUACGCACCUGGCUAUACAGUCAAACCAUGCGUUAGUGUUCCAACUGGAACAAUAUAUGACGUUCCAGUUGGAACGGGAGCAGUGCGUGCUCAUACAAAUUAUUUACAUAUAUUUUAUCACACUAUGCACACACACACACACACACCCACAUAUAUCUAUAUAUAUACUAGAGCUCAGUUUGAGAUAAUGCAGCAUCAUUUGUGUAAAAUACGAAUCGUCGUCCAAUUGUUUUAAUUGUUUGUUUUGCUUUGUUACUGUGAGAUUUUUAUCUUGAAUUUUUAUACAUACAUAGACACACACACAUACUUGCAUACAUAAAUACAUAAACUCUGCCAUCUUUAUUUGCAUUUAGAUAAAAGUACGUUUUAUGCAACACAGAUUACAGCAGAAACACAUUUAUAUCUGCACGCAAUCAAAUAAACUUUUUAAAUCUA